AUGAUUAAAUGUAAAUAUACAUCAAAUGAACAAUUAAAAGUUAAAUUAGGUGUUAGAAUGGAAAAACCACAAAAUCUUAAAAUGUGUGGAUGGUGCUAUGCUAGAGGAAAAAAUGUAUGGAAAACAUGGAAACGACGAUAUUAUGCAUUUGUUCAAGUAUCUCAAUAUUGUUUUGCAACAUGUAGUUAUCGUGAAAGAAAAUCCGAACCAACUGAAAUGAUGCCACUUGAAGGUUAUACUGUUGAUUAUGCUGAACCUGAUAAUGGUAAAGAAAUAAAAUCAAUAAAAAUAAAUAAAUAUUCGACUAUUGAAAGUUGGGUACAAGCAUUAUAUCGUGCUAUUGGUCAAUCACAUAAACCAACACCAUCAAUAACACAAAUUAAUAAAUCAAAUUCAACAUCAGGACAAAAAGAUCUUUCAGAUUCUGAUCGUUCAAAAAAUCUUGGUUUUGAUGAAUAUAUACAAAGUGAUCCAUGUGAAUUUGAUCAUCAUGAUUUAUUUAAAACAUUACAAACGGCAACAUUAGAUUUUCGACUUAAUGAUCCAUACUGUUCUUUGGGUUCGUUAAGUCCAGUACAAAGUUAUGUACUUGAAGUAUAUUGUUCUCGAUAUGGUGUUCGUGGUUGUUUAAGAUAUCUUUAUUAUUUAAAUGAUUUACUUGAUAGAGCUGACCAAAGAUUUAUGAUUGAUCCUCAAUUUCUUCAUUAUAGUUAUGUUUUUUGUACAUCUCAUGUUUCCAGAAAUCGACCUGAUAAUAAUGUUUCUACAAUAACUAUGGAAGAAAGAGAUCGAUUUAGUGAAAUAAAAGAACGAUUAAAACAAUUUCUUGAAAAUCAAGUUACUAAUUUUAGAUUUUCAUUUCCAUUUGGUCGACCCGAAGGUGCAUUAAAAGCAAUAUUAAGUUUACUUGAACGUGUUCUUUCAAAAGAUAUCUCAACACCAAUAUCUCGUGAUGAUAUACGAAAUUUUAUUCGAAAAUGUCUUCAAAAUGCUGCAUAUUCAAAUUAUACACGGGUUUCAGAUCAAGCCAAAAUUGAAGGUUACACCUUUUUUUUUAUUUUAUUUAACUUUUAUAUUGAUCAACUACCGAGUGGCCCAAAAGUAAGGAAACAAACAUGGUAUGCUAUAAUAAUGGAU